AUGCCCUGCCACCCUCGCGCCGCUUGCCUCGCACCGUGGCCGAAGCGUUCGAGCAGCCCCCCAGCAUUGUUGUUUGGGAACGGAGCCGGGAACGAGGCCAUCAGCAUCGGUGUGAUCAUCUUCGUUUCCAUCGCGCUCUACAACGCACUCGAGCUGGCGGUGCUCAUCCCCGUGAGCUUUCAGCGCUACCGCACCCUAUACUUCUGGGCACUUCUGACUUCGGCCAUGCUGGGGGUGAUCCCCGCCGGGUUGGGGACAAUAUUCCAGUUCUUCAGUCUCACCCCGCUGUGGGUGAGUCUACUGCUGGCCAACAUCGGGUUUGUCAUGAUGGUGCCGAACCAGUCCGUGGUGCUGUACUCGCGUCUGCACCUGGUCUCACAAAACCAUCGGAUGCUGCGCUUCCUCAAGUGGCUGAUCAUCGUCGACACCGUCCUCCUGCUCAUCCCAACGAUCUCACUGAAUUUCGGUUCGGCAUACGUCCCCACCUCGCCGGGCUGGACCAAGGGUUUCGAGGUUGUCGAGCGCAUUCAAUUAACCUGGUUCUCGGCACAGGAGACCCUGAUCUCAUCGGUGUAUAUCGUGGAAACCGUGCGCAUGAUCCGGCUCAGCCCUGACGGCGACAAACGCCGGCACAAGAUUCUAUAUGAGCUGCUUGCCAUCAACGUCGUGGCCAUUGCCAUGGACCUGGCACUGCUGGUUCUCGAAUUUCUGGGGUUUUAUUUCACACAGAUUAUCCUCAAAGCCACCGUGUACAGCAUCAAGCUCAAGCUGGAGUUUGCCGUGCUGGGUAUGUUGGUUUCGAUUGUGCAUGCACAUUCAUCGGAUCCGGUCUGGUAUGGCGAGUGGAGUCCGUCGGGGUCUACUUGA